AUGGCAGAGAUGGACAGGAACAUGUUUUUUCCACUGGGUAUCUUUUUUCUGAUCAUUUUUUGGAUCGAGUCUGCUGUUAUCCUGUUAGGGAAUGGAUUCAUCAUCGUCGUGAACGGCCAGAGCUGGCUCCAAAGCAAGGAGAUGCUCCCUUGUGAUUUUCUCUUGACCGCUCUGAGCCUCUCCAGAUUUCUCUUGCAGUGGAUUAUCGUGAGCAGCCAACUGGUGUAUUUCAGCUUUCCAGAGACAUACUUAGGUAGCAUAAAACACAAGGCAUUCACCUUUUCCUGGGUGUAUUUGAACAUGAUCAGCCUCUGGUGUGUUACGUGGCUCAGUGUUUUCUACUGUGUGAAGGUGUGCAACUUUGCCCACCCUCUCUUUGCAUGGCUGAAGCCAAGAAUUGGGAUCCUGGCGCCCAGAUUCCUUGGAAUAUCAGUUCUAGCUUUCAUAGUCUGUUCUAUUCCAAUCAUGGGACAAUGUGAAGAGAAAAAAUACCACAAUCUCACCAGAAAUCUAGCAGAGAACAACAGCCAAAGUGAGGCUCACGACAACUGCUCAUUUAUGGUGUUAAGUCCUCUUAAGUACUGCUUUACAGCCAUCAGUUUCAGCAUAUGUGUAUCUGCGUCCAUUCUUUUGCUUCUCUCUCUGUGGAGGCACACAAGGAACCUGAAGAAGAGCGGCCUCAGCACCAAGGACCUCAGCACUCAGGCCCACCUCAGCGUCAUGAAGCCUUUGCUUCUCUUGCUUGUCUUCUACGUUGUACAUUUUGCUGCCAUGAUCAUUGCUGUGGGUGAUAUUUUCCAGUAUGGCAAAUUUGAGCGGCUUAUUUCUGACAUCGUCUUGGCUUUGUAUCCUUCGGCACACUCCGUCAUCUUGAUAACCACCUAUCCCAAACUGAAAAAAGCAUGCGUCCAUAUUAUAAACCCGAGAAGUGCUUCCUAA